AUGAUGAUGGUUCAAAAGUCUAGAAAUCUUCCUACUCCGCAACAUAUAGAUAUACUUACAUAUAUUCAUAGUUUUUUUGCAAUAGCAUUUCAGCUAGAAACCGCACCGAUUCAUCAAGCAUUGUGUGGAAGUUCUUUUGAUUCGCGUUUGUUUGUUGCGUGUGUAUUUUUAGUUCUUCCAUCUCAAAUGGCAUAUAAGCAUUCUAAAUCUCAUGCUUGCUAUUGCUUAGAAAUAACAAAAAAAAAUGAGAAGUGGCAUGUGGUGAUAAAAGCAUAUCGUCGAUGCUUGGAAGAUUACAAUUUUUGCAAUGAACUGAACUCUGAUCAGAGAGAAAUUAUGCUAUAA